UAGCAUUAACAUUCUAGUUCUCGGUGACGGCGGCAUCAAUUUCUGAAUUAAUUACCAUUUUGUCGCAAAAACUGCGCGUCCUUUUAUCUUUUCUAGACCUAAAUCUUUCAUCUCAAAUAUAAGUUGUGAUAAAUAGUGAUCUAAAUGGCUUCGGACGAAGAAGUGGACGGUUCUUUUGCAGGUGACGAAGACGUGGAGGAAGGAGAAGGCCAAAAUGAGAACUCAGGGGAGAGUGAUGAAGCCCCACCAAAAGAAGAUGAAGAUUACUCUCCUGAGGAUGGUAGAAAAAAGAAAAAGGGUAAAAAGAGAAAGGCCAAAGGAGAAGAUAAGAAAGGCAGAAAAAAGAAGAAGAAGAGAAAGAAUGAGAGUGAAGAUGAUGAAGAGUUUGGCAUUGGUGAGAUUGAAGCGGAGGGCGACAGUGACUAUGCCCUCAGCGCCAUGUCCUCCAGCAAGAAGUCUAGGAAGGGACGCGGCAGCAAGCACAACACCCCGGCGACCCCAGCUGCCUCUGACUCUGGAUCUGGUAUGCCCACAGUGGAAGAGGUGUGCUCAUCAUUCGGGCUCACAGAUGUGGACAUCCAGUACACGGAUGCAGACUAUGAGAACCUGACGUCAUACAAGCUGUUCCAACAGCAUGUGCGGCCAAUGAUAGUCAAAGAGAACCCUAAGGUACCAGUGUCGAAACUGAUGAUGCUGGUGGCUGCAAAAUGGCGGCUAUUCUGCGAGAGCAACCCCAAUUUGGGCGGGGGGUCUCAGAACUUGGGCUCUGAAGACAACACAAACACUUCCACAGCCUCAGAUUAUGUCUCCAAGGGCAGGUCCGGACGUAUGCCUAAGGAAGCCAAGAAUGAUGACGUCGAAGAGCCAGAAGAAGAGGAGGAAGAAGAAGCGAGUGACGAGGGGACCCCACUGCCCCGGAAGCGCGGGCGCAGACCCAAACACAGCGGUGGGACGACACCGAGGGGCAAGCCCGGGCGCAAGCCCAAAGUGCCCACGCUCAAGAUCAAGUUCAGCAAACGCAAGCGCACAAGCAGCCAGGAGGAGGACGUGGAAGGCAGCGCGGGCGCAAACACAGACUCGGAUGCGGAGUUCGAGCAGAUGCUGGCGGAGGCCGAGGAGCCCAAGCCCGGCGCUCCGCCCGCCAACGAAGACUCUGCCCCGCCCAAGGAGGACGACCCCGCCGCACCGCAACAACCCAGGAAGAAGGCGAAGACCAAGAUCGGCAACAAGACGAAGAAGAAGAAGAAAAUGAAGACCACCAACAAAUUCCCUGACGGCGCCGAGGGCGAACAGGAACACCAGGACUACUGUGAGGUCUGCCAGCAGGGCGGGGAGAUCAUCUUGUGUGACACCUGUCCCCGCGCCUACCAUCUGGUGUGUCUGGAGCCCGAGCUGGAGGAGACUCCUGAGGGCCGCUGGUCGUGUCCGCACUGCGAGGCCGAGGGCAACCAGGACCAGGACGACGACGACGAGCACCAAGAGUUCUGCAGGAUCUGCAAGGACGGCGGCGAGCUACUCUGCUGCGACUCCUGCCCCUCCGCGUACCAUCGCUUCUGUCUCAACCCACCGCUCGACGAAGUGCCCGAUGGAGAAUGGAAAUGUCCCCGAUGUAGUUGCCCCCCAUUGGAUGGAAAGGUGCACAAGAUUCUAACAUGGCGCUGGAAAGAACAGCCUGCGAAGUCCAAAGCACCGCGGAUUAGGGAAUUCUUCGUUAAAUGGCACGAACGAUCGUAUUGGCAUUGCAGCUGGAUUUCAGAAAUACAACUGGACGUGUUCCACCCUUUGAUGUAUCGCUACUACAUGCGCAAAUCUGACCCCGAGGAGCCUCCCAAGCUGGAGGAACCUUUAGACGAACGCGACGGCCGUGUGAAGAGACUGCGGGACAAGCAACCUCAAGAAGACGAGGACGAUGAGAAGAUGAGGGAGGAGAAGUAUUACAGAUAUGGCGUCAAGCCAGAAUGGCUGGUCGUCCAUCGAGUGAUCAAUCACCGCACUUCUCGCGACGGCACCACAUACUACCUGGUGAAGUGGCGCGACCUCUCCUACGACCAGGCCACCUGGGAAUCAGAACAUGAAGACAUCGCUGGCUUGAAGCAGACCGUCGAGUAUUACCAGGAUAUGCGCGCUUUCAUCACAUCUGAAGGCAAAUCGAAGAGUAAGGGUAAAAAGCCGGGCCGCAAGAGCAAGAACCGUGAUGUUAUCGAUGACGACGACAACAGCGGCAGCGGCCAGAUGCGGGCCAGGAAAUACAACCCGCCCCCAGAGAAACCAACCACCAACCUCAACAAGAAGUACGAAGACCAACCGCCCUUCGUUUACGAAACCGGCAUGCAACUCCAUCCCUACCAGUUAGAGGGUCUCAACUGGCUGCGGUACUCCUGGGGACAAGGCAUCGAUACUAUCCUCGCUGACGAGAUGGGUCUCGGAAAAACAAUUCAAACUGUCACAUUCCUUUACUCUCUGUUCAAAGAGGGACACUGCAAAGGACCGUUUUUAGUGUCCGUACCGCUAUCGACAAUUAUAAAUUGGGAGAGAGAAUUCGAAUUAUGGGCUCCUGAUCUAUAUUGCAUCACAUAUGUCGGUGAUAAAGAUUCCCGAGCGGUAAUUAGAGAGAAUGAGCUGACGUUCGAUGACGGCGCCAAUAGAGGUGGCAGACCUUCUAAAAUUAAAUCGCAAGUCAAGUUCAAUGUGUUACUAACUUCUUACGAAUUAGUCUCCAUCGACGCCACGUGUCUCGGAUCCAUAGAAUGGGCGUGUCUUGUUGUCGAUGAAGCUCAUAGACUAAAGAGCAAUCAGUCCAAAUUCUUCAGAUUAUUAGCCGGGUAUCACAUAAACUACAAACUGCUCCUGACUGGCACACCUCUACAGAACAACCUGGAGGAGUUGUUCCAUCUUUUGAACUUCUUGAACAAAGACAAGUUCAAUGACCUCGCCGCUUUCCAGAACGAAUUCGCGGACGUUUCGAAGGAGGAGCAAGUUAAGAGACUUCAUGAGAUGCUGGGGCCACACAUGCUGCGGCGUCUUAAGGCCGACGUGCUCAAGAACAUGCCGACAAAAUCAGAGUUCAUUGUCCGAGUGGAGUUGUCUCCCAUGCAAAAGAAAUACUACAAAUACAUUCUGACCAGGAACUACGAAGCUUUGAAUCCUAAGAGCGGAGGUCAGACGGUGUCUCUGCUCAAUGUGAUGAUGGAUUUAAAGAAAUGCUGUAAUCACCCAUAUUUAUUCCCUGUGGCUGCUGAAGAAGCCCCUCUAAGCGCACACGGCAACUACGACACUCAAGCCCUGAUCAAAGCUUCUGGUAAACUAGUGUUGCUGGCGAAAAUGUUGAAACAGCUCAAAGAUACAGGCCACAGAGUGCUGAUCUUCUCUCAGAUGACAAAAAUGUUGGACAUUCUUGAAGAUUUCUUGGAAGGGGAAGGAUAUAAAUAUGAGAGAAUCGAUGGUGGCAUCACCGGGACCAUUCGACAGGAAGCUAUCGAUAGAUUCAACGCGCCCGGUGCACAACAGUUCGUGUUUCUCCUGUCGACCAGGGCAGGUGGUUUAGGUAUCAAUUUGGCCACCGCGGAUACUGUAAUUAUAUAUGAUUCAGAUUGGAAUCCCCACAACGAUAUCCAGGCGUUCUCGCGAGCCCAUCGUAUCGGUCAAGCAAACAAAGUCAUGAUAUAUCGAUUCGUUACACGCAACAGUGUCGAAGAGAGAGUAACGCAAGUAGCUAAAAGGAAAAUGAUGUUGACGCAUUUGGUCGUCCGACCGGGUAUGGGUGGAAAAGGCGCGAAUUUCACCAAGCAAGAAUUGGACGACAUUUUGAGAUUCGGUACUGAAGAACUUUUUAAAGAGGAAGAGGGUAAAGAAGAAGCUAUCCAUUAUGACGACAGAGCCGUCGCGGAAUUGCUCGAUCGGUCUAAGGAAGGUAUUGAAUCUAAAGAGUCCUGGGCUAACGAGUACCUCAGUUCCUUCAAAGUGGCCAGUUAUUCCACUAAAGAGGGCGAUAAUGAGGAGGAGGUAGAUACGGAGAUUAUUAAACAGGAAGCAGAGAAUACUGACCCGGCUUACUGGAUCAAACUGCUUAGGCAUCAUUACGAGCAGCACCAAGAAGAUCAAGCGAGGACUUUAGGAAAAGGCAAGCGAGUACGCAAACAGGUUAACUAUAACGACGGCAGUGUGGCACAGACUGAGAACCGGGAAGAUUCCACAUGGCAGGAGAACGGGUCAGACUUUAAUUCGGACUUCUCACAGGGCAGCGAAGACGACAAAGAGGACGACGACUUCGACGAGAAGAACGAUAAUGGUGAUUUACUCAGCCGCCGCAGUAAGCGACGUAUCGAACGGCGCGAGGAAAGAGAUAGGCCUCUGCCGCCGUUGCUCGCGAGGGUCGGAGGAAACAUGGAAGUGUUGGGCUUCAACGCCCGCCAGAGAAAGUCAUUCCUCAACGCCAUCAUGCGGUACGGCAUGCCGCCGCAGGACGCGUUCAACUCCCAGUGGUUAGUGCGGGAUCUGAGGGGGAAGUCGGAGCGCAAUUUCAAGGCUUACGUGUCGUUAUUCAUGCGACACCUGUGCGAGCCCGGCGCGGACAACGCGGAGACAUUCGCGGACGGAGUUCCCAGGGAAGGCUUGUCGCGGCAGCACGUGCUGACUCGCAUCGGCGUCAUGAGCCUCAUAAGGAAGAAGGUGCAGGAGUUCGAGCACAUCAACGGGUACUACAGCAUGCCGGAGCUGAUCCGCAAGCCCGUGGAGCCGGUGAAGGUGGCGGGCGAGAGCGCGGCCGCCAGUCCGUCGCCGUCCAGCGCCACGCCGCUCACCUCCGCCGCGCCCUCGCCCGCGCCCGCCUCCGCCUCCGCCUCCGCCUGUGCGCCCGCCUCCGCCUCCGCCUGUGCCGCCACGCCCGCAGGCAGCGACAAAGACGACAAGGAGGAACCUAAAGAGCUGACUGUUAAAUCUGAAGUCAAGGACGAGCCGAUGGACACCAGUGAUAUUAAAGAGGAACCAGCGGAGAAGGAAAAAGAGAAAGAAGAAAAAGAGAAGGAGGAGAAAGAAGCGGAAAAAGAGGAAAGACGCAUGUCUGUAGACGAGGAGCCGCCUAAAGAAGAUGAGAAACAGAAGUCUGAAGAAAAAGAGACAGAGAAGGAGAAGGAAAAAGAAGCCAGCCAGGAUAAAGACGAUGCUGACAAGAAGGACGAUGUUAAGAGUGAGAAAGCAGAGUCCGAAGCCUCAGAGAAGCCGAAGGAUCUAAAGAAGGACGAAGACGACGACGACGUAGUGCUAGUGAAGGAAGAAGAAGAACUGAAGGUGGAGCGGCGCAAGUUCAUGUUCAACAUCGCGGACGGCGGGUUCACUGAGCUGCACACGCUGUGGCUCAACGAGGAGCGCGCGGCGGCGCCCGGCCGCGAGUAUGAGAUCUGGCAUCGCCGGCACGACUACUGGCUGCUGGCUGGCAUCGUUACCCACGGGUAUGGCCGCUGGCAAGACAUCCAGAAUGAUCUGAGGUUCGCCAUCAUCAAUGAACCCUUCAAAAUGGACGUCGGGAAGGGAAAUUUCCUUGAGAUUAAGAACAAAUUCCUCGCGCGUAGAUUUAAGCUGCUGGAGCAGGCGCUGGUGAUCGAGGAGCAGCUGCGGCGCGCCGCGUACCUGAACCUGACGCAGGACCCCAACCACCCCGCCAUGUCGCUCAACGCGCGCUUCGCUGAGGUCGAGUGCCUGGCGGAGUCCCACCAGCACCUCAGCAAGGAGUCGCUGGCGGGCAACAAGCCGGCCAACGCUGUGCUGCACAAGGUGCUGAACCAGCUGGAGGAGUUGCUGUCGGACAUGAAGUCUGACGUGUCGCGGCUGCCGGCCACGCUGGCCCGUAUCCCGCCCGUGGCGCAGCGUCUGCAGAUGUCCGAGCGCAGCAUCCUCUCCCGGCUGGCUGCCACGGCCGGCAACCCCGUGCCCGCUGCCCAAAUGGCGCAGUUCCCGGCGGGUUUCCAGACGGGCGGGGCGCUGGCGGGCUUCGCGCCGGCGGCCGCGGCGGCCAACUUCGCCAACUUCCGGCCGCAGUACUCCGUGCCCGGCCAGCCCGCCACCACCACCUCCAAUAAAUCAUAAGCCCGCGUAACUUAUACACCGUAUUGAAAAUUGACAUAACUACAGUGAGUGGAUAAAUGUUCACGUAGAAGAAUAUUAGAUGUAAGCUUUCUAAGAUUCCUGUUCCACCUUGGGUUUGAAGUGAUAAUUAUAGUGAUUAGUGCAGUUAGGUAAUAUAAUAUUACGUCAUUUUAAAACAGACUCUCACAAUAUUAUUUAUUUCAUCCUGAUCUGUAUGAAUCUUGUUUAUGUGUAAGUGAUUGUGGACUUAUGAAAUUUAUUUUUAAUUUACCAAAAAAUGAAAAUAAAUCAUACAUUUAAAUGAAA